UAUAACCGAGUAAAAUGUAAUCUUUUAUGCUCCAAUUAAUUUAUUUGUAAUACUUAUGCUUCUGGGUAACCGCUUAGUUUUGGGGCAAGAUUCACCGUUUCUCCAUAAAAAAGAGGUAUUAAACUAUAGAAAUACAGUAAUAUAGAAUUGGCUGGGGAACUGGUUCAAAAUCACAAAAUCACUCGAGCUCUGGCUUCAUACCAAUUGAGGUUUUUAAUUCUGAUCACUGCCAUAAAAUAUCUGCCCAAUGCAGUUUCAGGGAAGCGAAUCUCGAAACUAUGAUAUAGGGGUUUCAAAAUUAAAGUUUUGGAUAUAUAAAUUCAACUUUUUAACUCAUCUAAUUAUAUUAAAAUUUAUGAGUUGAAAGGGUUAGAUUUUAUUUAUUGUAUGUUGUAUUAAAAAAGCGUAAAUGUUGAAAAAUAAAUAAAUGGAGCCACUGAAAUUUCUGGCUGCUCUAGCCUUGUAAGCUAAGUUCCAUCCCCGGCUCCCUAUCCAUGGUAACGAUAGAUUAGAAACGAAUUUGUUCUGUGAAACUCGUUAGUUUAUGAGAAUUUAAAACAACUUCAAAGCAAGGAACAUCAUCUAUUAUGAUUGAAUGAAUUAAUAAUGGUCAUUUUUUCUGCGACAAUGUAUGUUCAGUCUUACUUAUUCAAUGUGCAAUUUAUUGAUGCUAUUAUCAUGAAAUCCAAUUGACAGUGAGUAUAUGCUCACUUUGUAGAAAUCUCACUUCUAUAUUUUGUGUGGUUAUGAAAAACUGUUUAUUUCAUUUUCCGUAUUAAAUUUAGUAUCUUUUAAACAUUUUCAGUUUUAAUUAAAAGUUCUAAUUUGAACUUAAUUACUAAACCAUGAAGCUGCGAUCUCGACCUAAGUUUGGUCAUGCAGAUUAUUCAGAUAAUGAAGAUAUAACUGGGCAAGACGUCAACAAUAACAACAACAACUCCAGAACACACAGAAUCAGAGAUUCUAUGAAUAUGAAAAUUAAAAAAACAAACAAAAAGACGGAUAUAUUUGUUACCUAUUUUUCCACUGCUAUUGCACUAUCAUCUUUAUUUUACCUGCUAUAUACGACAAGUUUGUUUGUGUAUUUUCUCUCCAGCAACUCUAAUGGAAUUUUGAAUCUGAAAAUACAGAAAUUGGAUGUGCCAUUAAGUCAUGUACUUGUACAAGAUAUUGUUGUCUUGAUGAUGUUCAUAUUGCAACACACAGUGAUGGCUGCUGAAUGGUUCAAAAAUGUUGUAUCCUAUGUUAUUCCUCGACAUAUUUAUCGAUGUUUUUACAACCUUGCAACUGGGCUGGCAAUUCAGGUCUUAACAUCUUCGUGGUUGAAUGUUGUUCCUUAUUCAAACUUGUUUCUCUGGGAUUAUAGUAACUGCAUAUCGUGCCAAAUCAUAUGUCAGAGUUUACAUGUUGUGGCUUGGAUUCACACAAUUUCUGCUUUGUACAUGCUAGACUUCUCAGAAUUUAUGGGCCUGAAGCAGGUGUAUUAUGAAGCAAAUCAGCUAGGAUGCCCAUUGCAUGCGAAAACAUCUGAUGCACAAAGAUUCCUCGGAAAUUUCAGGCAUGCAACUGUUUCUGGGUUGCUGAUUAUAUUUUGGCUUGUUCCAUGUAUGACAAUUGAUCGGUUGAUAUUAGCAUCAGCCUUUACUGUUUAUAUAUUUUCAACAAAUGCUGACAAUGAAGAUUACGUUUAUGUUCAAAGCAUGUUCUAUAAGAAAAAAGAAUCACUAUAUAGUAAAAAAUAAGAUCAAGAAAUAUGUUAGAUUCUUCAGAUUGCUUUCUAUUGAGAUUUGGAUUAAAAUUUUGUUAUUCUAUGAUGACGUGCUAAAAUCCAUAUUUUUCAAAACUAUUUGUAUUAUUUGUACAUGAGGUCCAAUUUACACAACUCAGUAGCAAACAAGAAGCGAGUGCAGGUUUAAAAGUUUGUGUGCUUUCUAUUAUUAAUUCGGUACAUUCUAAUACCUAUUGACAAAUGAAUGUGUUUUAAUAUGGUUUUCUUGAAUAAUUAAGUUUGAGUUGGUUACCUACUAAACUUCAUUUUUAUUAUUUCAAUCUAUGAUUUGAUGUAAGUUAAUUUUCUAUCAUUAAUAAUGAUGAAAAUUAAACAAUAUUUCUGAUGUUAAGUUUUCCCACUUCUACUAAAUCUACAAUUUUAUAUUAACUAAGUUGAUCAUUCAUCUAUGACAUGUUUGGUACUGUACAUCAUACAUAUUUUUAUCGUUAUUUUACCUUAUAUUUCUAUCAUGUCUUUUGCAAUUGUUAAAUUUUCAUCUUCAUGGUCAUUUACCUAUUACAGUGACAUUUGAAGUAAGAUCUUGUAAUGAGGAUAAGACACUUUUUUAAAUUUCAAUCAUAUCAUUUUUCAUUUCAUUUUUUUUAUAUUGUGUACUAGGUAAUCUAGUCUUGUACUCACUUGUUCAUUCAAUAAUGAAAUUAUUUGUUAAUUUCAUAAAGCAAAUUCUUUAAAGAUUAGAAACCUAAAACCUCUUCCCUGUUUUACACUGCUCACCCAAUGAGGCACAGGAAUCCUUAACCUGUGAUACCAACAUAUGUAUGCGCUCUAAUCGCUGUACAAGCGUGGUCACAUUUUGUCAAAACAUAGGCGUCACGUUGCCGUUUGAACGCCGAUUCUAGACAGUGAAAUCGGUACUCCCGUGGUGCGUGUACCAGGUUAUGGUUAGAUCAUGAUUUCGUUCCGAUUUUCGUUAUUGUAUUUCUAUUACCAACAGUUCGGGGACUGUCUGUGUUAGCCAAAUGAAUAUACCAACAGCCCAUAGGUUUCAGUCCCUUUACACAACUCGAUGUAAAGUAGGCCAACAAAACUAGUGGUACACACAUUUCUGGAGCGCCUUAUAUUAAAAUCAUUUCUAAAAUUUAGGCUAGGUCUUAUUUUCGGGGAAACACGUAGCAGAAUGGCUAUUUUUUUGCACUUUGUGAAUAGAGUUUAAAUCUGAAUUAAAAAAUCAUUAUUUACUUUGCAUUUGUUCAUCCUAAUAUGAAAGUAAAAUUUGUGAUUCAAUAUUUUGAUGAACAUCAUAUACAAUGUAGUUUGCAAUCAAAUUUUGACCCAUAAAAAACAUAGUAGGAAUAACAUUUCAUCCUCUAUAACAGGGGUGACAAACCCAUUCGCUAAGCUAAAUUUUAUCUGUCACCGCUGAGUAAGCACAAAUCAUACUAUGAUACCUGUUAAUUUUCAUCAACAAGAACGAACAACUUCAUCCAUACAGCUUGGGUUAUUUAAUGAUAUAUUGCAGCAUAAAACGGGAAAGGAAUAAUUGAUUUUUUUUAGUGAGAUUUUUGGAAACUUUUUUGCUUUACCAAGCGCUUAAUAUUAGGACGAACUGACGUUUGGAAACUCAACUGCAUACUAAGAUUUUCGUCUGCCAGUCUUAACCACCACUCGAAUGUUCGAGAUCGAAUUUUUGGUCGACUACCGGUGUAUCAUUGUACAAUCAAUUAUUAUUGUACUAAAAUAAAUUGUAGUCUUUAGAAUACUAUCGCAUAUCUAGGGAUUUUUCUAACGUUGAUAUUUUGAAAAUAAUCUUUGGUGA